GUGGCCCCUGCACCUGUCCGACCUGUUUGUGGGGGACACAUGACUCCGGAGGAAUUUCCCCCGCUGCUCCCGUCCUUUGUUUAACCGAGUUUCUCUUAGUGGGAGACAGAGGGUGCGAGCCAGAGGACAGGGGGAGAUAGAGAGAAGAGAGAGGGAGAUUUAGAGAUGUCCGAACCAGCCUCUAUCCCCGCUGCCACCUCGUUUCCAGCGCCAACUAUUUCUCUACCUUUGGGACUGGAAGUAUUGAGAACUUACACUGGAGCCCUUGUCUGUUUAGAAAUAUUAUUUGGUGGUCUAGUAUGGAUCCUGGUGGCUUCCUCCAAUGUGCCCGUGCCUCUGCUGCAGGGCUGGGUGAUGUUUGUCUCUGUCACCUCCUUCUUCCUCUCCUCCACCUACCUCACACUCCUCAUCACUGGCCUGGCUGACCGCAUCAACACUGACUGGAAUUUCUUGGAUGUGUUUUACCAUUUCCUGGCUUUGCUUUUCUACUUUGCUGCCUUCGUGUUGGAGGCAGCAACUACAGCAGCUAAUGGAGGAGCCUACAUCAAGCCACUGCCUAACAGCACUGAAACUGUCAUGUGUAUAACCUACCCUCGGGGCAAUAUAUUCACAGUCCUGGAUGGCACGCAAUACAGUAUUAAUGUGGCAGCCACGGUAUUUGCAUUUGUGGUGACACUCUGCUACGGCUGCAGUAUGGCGAUGGGAUUCAAGAGGUGGAGGAUGUAACCAGGAAAACCAGCACAAACUAGUAUUAUAACUGCUUCAUAACUUCAGCAUGUGUUAAAACAUCAGCCCCACCAUCCAGCGCUCCAUAGAGAGCACUGCUAUUCAGUUUAUUUGUUAUUAUCUAGGGAAAAAUAUAGAAGACUUCAUUUCUGCUUCAUUUAAAACAUCUGUCAAGAUUUCUGGACAAUAAUAUUCCUACGGGAAUCCUUCCUCUGAGAUAUAGAAAGGAUCGGUUUCAGGUAGUUUCAGUCUGGGCUGUUAAAUCUAAUUUGAGAACAGGGAUAAAGUUAGCACCAUAUGAAUCUGAUUCCUUUGGUGCUUACAAAUUAUUUCACUGUCUUGCAGCUUUCCUUAACCUCUCCAGCAAAAAUCUACUUGGGAAGUUAGGGAAAGUUGUGAGGGGACCUUGCAUAUGAUACAUAUGAUCGAAGGCUAUACAGGGUAAUUUUGCAAGCUGUAAGUGGUGCUUGUUACAGUUCUGGUUUUCUUUCUUUACCCACUUUGUUAAUCAUAAAAAUAUCACCCUAUUUCCCGAGUCACAUCCUCAUUGGAGGGAAUAUUUUCCAAUUUUAAUACCACAGAAAUGUGCCUAUGUAUGCUACUAAUAGGUUAUGCACAACAGAAUAUGAAUGUGAUGGGGCAACUUUUUUGAAAGACCCUAAAAGGCAAUGUGGUUGUUUUCACUGUCCUCCAGUUACCUUGGUGCUAAGGAGCUGUAAAGUCACUCUAGAUUGAACACGACUGUUAUUACAUUUCUGUGUGACCACUUUUUGAAAUGUGAGUUGAUCUGAUAAUUAAAUUUCAAAGUUUUAAUUUCUUUGUCAAAAAAAAUUUUUUUUUGUCAAAUUUUCUCAGUAUAUCCAACAUAUGUUUUUCACAAUAUUGUAGCUACUGUACAUUCUCUGUCAACAUUUGUCACGUAAUAUCUGUUACUGUUUAAACCUUCUGAGUGAUGUCCUAUGUGGCUAACUCCAGUGACUUACUGACAACAUUUGACCAAGGUCUGGGUUGAAUAAAUCAUUCUGGCGAGUUCUAUUACAAACUAAUCAUUUAAUCAACCAUCAAUAAAAUUAGUCAGCUACUAUAUUUCAAUCUGUGAUUUCUAACUACUAAUAGAUCAUUAAAGUGUGUAAAGUAGUAUGCUUUUUGUGUUUGACUAUUGUAACUGUGUUGAUGCAACACAAAAUUGCCCAAAUCAAUAACUAUCUUGCUUACUACAUGAUUAAUUAGUUGUAUUUACUGUAUACUUUUGUUUGCAUUAGGCUAUUAAAAUGUUGUUAAUUUAAAAUCGUUUUAAAUGAAGAAUCUUUGUUUUUGACAUUUUAAAUGCAUUUUAGAACGACAUAAAUAAAGAUUUUGAAGAAG